AUGCUCUCUUUCUUCGUGCUUUACACGCUCUUCCUCGCCAUUUGCAAUGGUGCCACUGUCCGUCAGCUUCCUUCUGGAUAUGCUCCGCGUCAGGCCGAAUGUCCAUCCACAUCUCUCCUACGUCCGGCAACUGGACUAUCGGCCCCGGAAGCGAGCUUCUUCAGAAGUAGGAAGGCAAGAGCUGAUCAGGGACUUCGAACUUGGCUCCAGAAGACAAACCCCGGCUUCAACAAUACUGGGAGAGUACCUACGCUAGCUUUGACUACCAGCGGAGGUGGGUACCGUUCGCUCCUUUGUGGCGCGGGAGUCAUUCAGGGUUACGACAUACGAGACAGCAAUGUUACCACGAGUGGGCUUUACCAGGCCUUCACAUAUCAGGCGGGAUUGUCUGGAGGUGCAUGGCUUCUUUCCUCUUUGGCUGGCAACGACUAUCCUAAAAUCUCAUUUUUGAGGGACAACCUUUGGAUCCAAGCUUUCCGCGAUAGUUUACUUCUACCGAGCUUUCUCACAAGUGCGGUAGCUUAUGCACAAGUUACCAAUGACGUCGUCGCGAAAGACAGGGCAGGUUUCCCACCAACACUAACUGAUCCCUGGGGAAGAUUGCUAUCAUACCAAUUGUUAUUGGGCUUCAACGGCGGUGUAGACAAGACUUUGUCCGGGAUAACCUCAGGAUCUAACUUCAGCAGCUUCAAUAGUCCCUAUCCCAUCAUCACUGGUGUAGGUGUCAAGACGUUCCAGGGCGAGUGUCUCCCAGGCCCAAAUGCCACAACUUAUGAAUUGACACCGUAUGAGUUUGGAAGCUGGGACAAAGAAGUCAGCGCCUUCAUUCAAUCCCGCUUUCUCGGAUCCAACUUGAGCAAUGGAGAGCCUAUCGAGAAUGGCCGCUGUACCGUGAAUUUUGACAACCUCGGCUUCGCCCUUGGAACCUCCAGCUCUCUCUUCAACACAGCCUGCUCCAAUGUCCCGCAGCCUAAUGCAACGACCCUGAAUGGAAACCUCGCAGCUAUAGUUAGCGCCGCGCAUCAAUUGAGCACUCGCGAACUAUAUGCCAUUUACCCGAACCCGUUCUUCCACUACAACCGCUCCUCACUUGUCGCAGCUCAGAAAGAGCUCUCGCUCGUGGAUGGAGGCCUAGCACGCCAGAACAAUCCCAUCUUCCCCUUGCUGCAGCCAUCGCGUGAGGUGGACGUCAUCGUCGUUAAUGACAACUCUGCCGACACUAACAAUUUCCCCAACGGCAGCGCAAUCCUGAACACAUACGUCCAGUCACUCAAUGCCGGUUUAACAAAGAUGCCAAUAAUCCCUUCGGUGGAGACAUUCAUCAGUCAAGGUCUAAAUAAGCGCGCGACGUUCUUCGGCUGCAACGACACCAGCAAGAUAACCAUCAUCUAUGUGCCCAACGUCAAUUACACCUUUCCCAGUAACCAGCCUACAGCCAAGCUGCAGUACCAACCCGAUGAGACUAGAGGUAUGAUUGCCAAUGGCAUAAAAAUUGCUACCCAAAAUGACGAUUCCGAAUACCCGACCUGUCUAGGCUGUGCAAUCAUGAAGAAGUCUCCCAAAGUCGGCUCCCGGGAUGGCCCACCCAUUCUUUUCAUGCAUGGUCUCUUUGGCUCAAAGCAGAACAAUAGGAGCAUCAGUAAGGCCCUUGCUAGAGAUCUGAACCGACCAGUCUACGCAAUUGACCUUCGCAAUCAUGGUGAAUCACCGCACGAUAUUCGUCAUGACUAUACUGCCAUGGCAGAAGAUGUUGAAGGUUUCAUCAUGGAGAAGAGCUUAGAACAGCCUACCUUGAUUGGACACUCUAUGGGCGCUAAGGUUGCUAUGACUGUAGCCCUACGAAAUCCGCAAACAGUUUCCGCACUUAUACCUGUCGAUAACAGUCCAAUUGACGCCGCCCUGAAAUCAGAUUUUGGAAAAUAUGUACAAGCGAUGCGGCUUAUUGAAGAUUCUAAGAUUAGCAGGCAAUCGGAUGCUGAUGCAAUCCUGCAGAAGUAUGAGGAAGCUCUACCAAUUCGACAAUUCUUGCUCACAAACCUGACUCGUUCACCCGAUACCAAAGCAGUGAAAUUUCGCAUUCCCAUCAAAACUCUUGCAAACUCCCUAGAUCACUUGGGGGAUUUCCCAUUUCGUGAUCCAGAUGAGGCGAGAUAUGAAGGGCCAACGCUGUUUGUAAGGGGGACGAAAAGUCAUUAUGUAGCUGAUGAGGCAUUACCAUUGAUCGGUCGAUUCUUUCCACGGUUUGAGCUGCUUGAGAUCGAGAGCGGGCACUGGGUUAUCAGUGAAAAGCCUGAGGAAUUCCGGAAAGGGGUGGUUGAUUUCCUCCAACGCCAAUUGUCUUCCUAA